GUAAUUUAAUUUAAUAAAAAAGAUGAAAAUCUAAUUUCACUAUCUAAUUUAUUUAAUUUCUCUAAACUCAAAAUCAUUUCAUUGUGGUACGAGUUUUUCUUUUUGAAAGAAACAUCAAUUUUGUCAACUUUUUUUUUGCGUAAAGUGUCACGAGCCAAGAAUCGUUUCAUUUUAAACAGAAUUGUCUAGUCAAAAUUUCUUCAGUUUGUGAAAAAAGGGAAAGCGUAUUCUAAUGAGAGCAUAAGUGGAAUUCAAUAUGGCAGCCACGGGAAGUGAUGAUAAUUGUCAAGGAACGGAAAAUAUAAAUCAUUUUACAACACUUAAACACAUAUUAAUUUUCAGUGGCAAAAGAAAAUCGGGAAAAGAUUAUAUCACGGAUAAAUUAUUUGAAAGACUUGGUGGUGAAAAAAGUGUUAUUGUUAAAUUGUCCGGUCCGAUAAAAUCUCAUUGGGCCAAAUCAUUAAAUCUUGAUUUAAAUCAGUUACUUGGAGAUGGGCCAUUCAAGGAAAAAUACAGACUUGAAAUGGUAAAAUGGGGAGAAGAUACUAGAAAAAAAGAUUAUGGAUACUUUUGUCGAGCUGCUAUUGAAAUGUACAAUGUAAAAAGCAAACCAAUUUGGAUAUUAAGUGAUGCGAGAAGAAAAACUGAUAUUAAAUGGUUUUUUGAAAAUUAUGGAAAAAUUUGUAAAUCCAUUCGAAUUAGCUGUCGUGAAUCUGUUCGUGUUAAACGUGGUUGGACUUUUACACAAGGUAUCGACGACAUGGAGACAGAAUGCGAUUUAGAUGAUGUAGAUAAUUGGGAUCUUCAUUUACACAAUGAAACUGAGGAUAUUGAAAGUAUAUUGGAACAAAUUUUACAACUUAUAGAGUAACUUUAUUUAAUCAAAUUUGUGUCACACUAACAGGUAUUUUAGGUCUAAAGUACAUAAAAUAUCUAUCACGUAAAUAUGUCAAUGAGACCCCUCUAUUAAUUGUAGUUAUUUAUACAAUUUCAUUUCAAAGAAAUGUUAUAGAGCUGUGCAAAAUAAUUCGAACCGAACUGUUCGAAUUUUUUCGCUUAGUUCGAAUGUCGAAAAUUCGACAUUCGAGUUAGCCUAGUUCGAAUGUCGAACCGAACCAAGUUUUGUUCGGUUUUUGAACGCUAAAAUGUCCAAUUCUAAAAUUCGACAUUUCAGUCGCAUGUCGAAUUUUCGACAUUCGAGUCAGUCCAGUUCGAAUGUCGAAAAACUGACAUUCGAGUUAGCCUAGUUCGAAUGUCGAAUAUUCGAGAUUCGAAAUUUCGGCGCUCCAAAACCGAACAAAACUCGGUUCGGUUCGAAUUUUGCACAGCUCUAAAAUGUAAUUUUUAUGUAACUAGCGCAGUCGACGGCCGCAAGCGGCCGUCUCCUUUACCGUUCUCUGCCAUUUCUCAAUUCAGUUCCCUGCCUAAUUUUUAAUUAAUUACAAUUUUUCUUUUUUCUUUGUGAAUUUCAUAUACAAUUAAACUUACACAAACAUAUAAGCGUAAGGCAUAUGAAACUGGCGAACGCUAAGCAUUAAAUAGGGAAUUAUCUUUAACUGUUCUACGCCAUUUCUAAAUUUAGUUUGCUGCCUAAUUUGGAAUUAAUUCUAAUAACUUUAAUUUCAUUACAUUUAAAUAUAAGAUUUAAACUCCUGCCCUAUUAUAAUUAUAUUCUUUGUUACUAUUAUUAAUAAUUACUUAUUAUUUUCAAUAA